GGUUAUUCAGCUCUGCAACUAAACCACCUACUACAGGGGAUUUUAAGGCUUCAAGGCUAAGAAAUCCUGCCAGUUCUCAAUCAUCUCGACCAACAGUUGCAACCAAAUGGAGCUUCCGACCCCCUCCCAUCCAUUCUAUCCCAUUGACGCACUCAUCAAGGACUACGCGCCUAAUGAGGCUCCGUUGCUCACCAUCCUGACCACAGCCAGCCUGGGUAUGACGGGCUUGCUGGGGGCUACUUGGAUGCUGACCGGCUUCAAACGACCUCAAAUACCCACAAAAGACCGAAUCGCCAUUCUGUGGUUUGUGUGCUCUGGGUUUCUGCACUGCUUCUUCGAAGGAUACUUCAUAAUCCACCAUAACCACAUGGCAUCCGCUCAAGACUUCUUCGGGCAGCUCUGGAAGGAAUAUGCCCUGUCUGAUUCGCGGUACAUGACCGCAGACACGCUCGUUCUCUGCAUGGAGACCAUCACGGUGCUGGUCUGGGGCCCCUUAUGCUUCCUGGUCGCAUAUUUGAUUGCGAGGCACCACUCUCUGCGUCACCCCUUUCAGAUCAUUGUCUGCAUGAGCCACCUGUAUGGCGAUGUUCUGUACUAUGCCACCAGCUUAUUCGAUCACUACGUGCAUGGAAUUGCCUACUGUCGUCCCGAGGCUUUUUAUUUUUGGAUCUACUACUUCUUGAUGAACUUCGUCUGGAUCGUGGUUCCAUUCUAUUAUCUCUGCCAGAGCAUGCGGAGUAUAUCCGCGGCUUUUACGGCUCUGGAAGCAAGAUCGGCACAACACAAGGCGCGAUAGUAUCUCAGAAAAUAGGUAUGAUGUCAUUGUGAUCUGGGCGGUUUUGGAGAACCGGGGGUUGGUGGGUGAAGGGAAUUGGAUAAGUUACCGCGAGCCUCGCUAGGCCCGACUUGCUGCGCGGGGUGGUUCUAGGCUGGGGGAAACAACCUUUAAGUGCAUCAAGAAAAUUUAAAUUUAGCGAGGAGGAUCAAUAUUCCGGCCAGGAACUCGACACAUGCCAUCAUGAUUGCUCAGAUGGAGAGGGGAUCUGUAUCAAUCUCGCUCACGUCGUCACGAUUGACAGCACUGAGUUGGGAUCGGGAUAAACACUUAGCACCGAUUGCAUGACAACGCAGAGAAAGCAAUCACUAGGUU